AUGGAGGAGGAGGGGGAGGGCAAGAGCGCCAAGGCUGCGGAAUGCAAGAAGAAUGUGACGAGGCUCCACAGGUCAUUCCUCCACCUGUCCAGAGCGCUCGGCAAGCUCCACAGCCGCCGGGGACACGCAAAGGCGAACGACGAGACGUCGCUGUCGUCGUCGUCCUCUGCUGCCACUUCGUUCCUCUCCGGGUGCAUGCAUCCCCGGACCCACUCCUUCGCCUCCGGCCGCCGUCACCGCCACAAGCACGACGACGACGGCAGCGGGGACGCCCUCGCCGUCAACUUCAGGUCCCUCCGGGUCGGCCUCGCCGCCUCGGCUGCCGCUGUCGACGGCGACGAGGGCGGCUCGUCGUCGGCGCAGGACUGUUACGGCGACCGCGGGAGCGAGGCGGCAGACGAGCCCAAGGCGGUGGUCCGUGGCGCCGGCGUGGCGGUGGCGACGCUCUCCGCGGCGCCGUACGAGGACUUCCGGCGGUCCAUGCGGGAGAUGGUGGACGCCGGCGCGGGGAGCGAGAGGGGGAGGAGCGGCGCCGCGGCGGCGUUGGACUGGGACUUCAUGGACGAGCUGCUCUUCUGCUAUCUCCGCCUCAACGACCGCGCCGUGCACAAGGACAUCCUACGCGCGUUCACCGACACGGUCACCGCGAUGCGGUGUCGCCGGCGGAGGGCGGCGAAGAGCAGGCGGACGCGUCGGCGGCGGCGGAGGCAGCCAGGGGCGGGAGGAGACGGCCGCGGCGACUGUGACGGCGCGGAGGCGGUGACCUCGAUCUCGUCGUGA